GGCCGGCGGAAGAAGGGGCGGGAGCGAGGCGCGCGGUGCUCUCGCGGGCUCUCGCGCCGCUCGCGUGACGGGCUCCGGGUGUGCACGACGCUCGGGCUCCGCGGGGCACGGGCGGCCGGGAGCGCGCCGCGGCGAGAGGGCGUCUGGUGCGGGUGGGCGCGAGGUGCGGGCGGGCGCGGGGGACGCGCGGGCGUGCACCCGCGCGCGGGCUCUCGGAGGAGCCGCGACCGAGGCUGCGCUUCCUCAGCCCGACGGAGAGCGGCAGUGUCGCCCCGGCCGGCGCACGCUCGGCCCGCUUCUCCCCCCGCGGCGGCUGCUCCUCGGCACCGCCAGCCCCAGCGCCGCUCCGGGGCGGGCGGGCGGCGGCGGCGGCGGGACCGACGGAGCCGCUUUUGUGUGCAGCCCGACGAGGGGCGGCGGCGGCGGCGCAACCACCUGACAGAGGCCCGGCGCUCGCUGCACCGUCCGCCCGCAUGAGGAGGAGAGGCCGGUAGAGGACUGUGAAAGAAAAGUUAUCCCCCAGGAUGGACUUCACGCAGCCGAAGCCUGCCACUGCCCUCUGUGGCGUCGUGAGUGCGGACGGGAAGAUCGCUUACCCUCCGGGAGUAAAAGAGAUCACCGACAAGAUCACCACCGACGAAAUGAUCAAACGUCUGAAGAUGGUAGUGAAAACCUUUAUGGAUAUGGAUCAGGACUCAGAAGAUGAAAAGCAACAGUAUCUCCCACUAGCCUUGCAUCUCGCAUCUGAAUUCUUUCUCAGGAACCCUAAUAAAGAUGUGCGCCUUCUUGUAGCAUGUUGUUUGGCUGAUAUAUUUCGAAUCUAUGCCCCAGAAGCUCCAUAUACUUCCCAUGAUAAACUUAAGGACAUAUUUCUCUUUAUUACCAGACAAUUAAAAGGUUUGGAGGAUACAAAGAGUCCACAGUUUAAUAGAUAUUUUUAUUUAUUAGAGAAUUUAGCUUGGGUUAAAUCAUAUAACAUCUGCUUUGAGUUGGAAGAUUGCAAUGAAAUUUUUAUUCAGCUUUUUAGGACUCUCUUCUCAGUAAUCAACAAUAGCCACAAUAAGAAGGUACAAAUGCACAUGUUAGACUUGAUGAGUUCUAUCAUCAUGGAAGGUGAUGGAGUUACUCAAGAAUUACUGGAUUCCAUUCUUAUCAACCUCAUCCCUGCACACAAGAACUUAAAUAAACAGUCCUUCGACCUUGCGAAAGUCCUGUUGAAAAGGACAGUCCAGACUAUUGAAGCAUGUAUUGCCAAUUUUUUCAAUCAAGUGCUGGUGCUGGGAAGAUCCUCAGUCAGUGAUCUGUCUGAGCACGUAUUUGAUCUGAUUCAGGAACUGUUCGCUAUAGAUCCUCAUUUACUGUUAUCUGUCAUGCCACAGCUUGAAUUCAAACUGAAGAGCAACGAUGGGGAAGAGCGACUAGCUGUGGUUCGACUACUGGCAAAGUUGUUCGGCUCUAAAGAUUCAGAUUUAGCAACGCAGAAUCGGCCUCUUUGGCAGUGCUUUCUUGGACGAUUUAAUGACAUUCAUGUUCCUGUGAGGUUAGAAAGUGUGAAGUUUGCCAGUCACUGUUUGAUGAAUCACCCAGAUUUAGCAAAGGACCUCACAGAAUAUUUGAAAGUUAGGUCACAUGAUCCAGAAGAAGCCAUUCGUCAUGAUGUCAUUGUUACUAUAAUAACAGCUGCCAAAAGAGACCUUGCCUUAGUCAAUGAUCAGUUGCUUGGCUUUGUCAGGGAAAGGACACUGGAUAAACGGUGGCGAGUAAGAAAAGAAGCCAUGAUGGGUCUGGCUCAACUCUAUAAGAAAUACUGUCUUCAUGGUGAAGCAGGAAAGGAAGCUGCAGAGAAAGUCAGUUGGAUAAAGGACAAACUUCUGCACAUCUAUUAUCAGAAUAGCAUUGAUGACAAACUAUUGGUAGAGAAAAUCUUUGCUCAGUAUCUUGUUCCCCAUAACCUGGAAACAGAAGAGAGAAUGAAAUGCUUAUAUUAUUUAUAUGCUAGCUUGGAUCCAAAUGCUGUAAAAGCUCUCAAUGAAAUGUGGAAGUGUCAGAACAUGCUUCGGAGUCACGUGCGGGAACUAUUGGAUUUACACAAACAGCCUACAUCGGAGGCUAACUGUUCUGCCAUGUUUGGGAAACUGAUGACCAUAGCAAAGAAUUUGCCUGACCCUGGGAAAGCACAAGAUUUUGUAAAGAAAUUUAACCAGGUUCUUGGUGAUGAUGAGAAACUAAGGUCUCAGUUGGAAUUAUUAAUCAGCCCAACCUGUUCGUGCAAGCAAGCUGACAUUUGUGUGAGGGAAAUAGCUCGGAAACUUGCAAAUCCUAAGCAGCCCACCAACCCUUUUCUAGAGAUGGUCAAAUUUCUUUUGGAAAGAAUUGCUCCUGUGCACAUUGAUUCUGAAGCCAUAAGUGCACUAGUGAAACUGAUGAAUAAGUCAAUAGAAGGGACGGCCGAUGAUGAGGAGGAGGGUGUCAGUCCAGACUCAGCCAUCCGAUCAGGACUUGAGCUUCUUAAGGUUCUGUCUUUCACACAUCCUACCUCGUUCCACUCUGCAGAGACAUAUGAGUCCUUGUUACAGUGCCUAAGAAUGGAGGAUGACAAGGUAGCAGAAGCUGCAAUACAAAUUUUUAGAAAUACAGGCCACAAAAUAGAAACUGACCUUCCCCAGAUACGGUCAACCUUGAUCCCCAUUUUACAUCAGAAAGCCAAGCGGGGGACUCCACACCAAGCAAAGCAGGCUGUGCACUGCAUCCACGCCAUCUUCUCAAACAAGGAAGUCCAGCUAGCACAGAUCUUUGAGCCACUCAGUAGGAGUCUGAAUGCAGAUGUACCAGAGCAACUUAUAACUCCAUUAGUUUCACUGGGCCACAUUUCCAUGUUAGCACCAGAUCAGUUUGCCUCCCCAAUGAAAUCUGUAGUGGCAAACUUUAUUGUUAAAGAUCUUCUAAUGAAUGACAGGUCUACAGGUGAGAAGAAUGGAAAAUUGUGGUCUCCCGAUGAGGAAGUUUCUCCUGAAGUACUAGCAAAGGUACAGGCAAUUAAACUUCUGGUAAGGUGGCUGUUGGGUAUGAAAAACAACCAAUCUAAAUCUGCCAACUCAACUCUUCGGUUAUUAUCAGCGAUGUUGGUUAGUGAGGGGGACCUGACAGAGCAGAAGAGGAUCAGUAAAUCUGAUAUGUCUCGCUUGCGAUUAGCUGCUGGUAGUGCCAUAAUGAAGCUUGCUCAGGAACCUUGCUACCAUGAAAUUAUUACCCCAGAACAGUUUCAGCUCUGUGCACUGGUGAUUAAUGAUGAGUGCUACCAAGUAAGACAAAUAUUUGCCCAGAAGCUUCAUAAGGCUCUUGUGAAAUUACUUCUUCCAUUGGAGUAUAUGGCGAUCUUUGCUUUGUGUGCCAAAGAUCCUGUGAAGGAAAGAAGAGCACACGCUCGACAGUGUCUGUUAAAAAACAUCAGCAUACGCAGGGAGUACAUUAAACAGAACCCCAUGGCUACUGAGAAAUUAUUAUCAUUGCUGCCUGAAUAUGUAGUUCCAUACAUGAUUCACCUGCUCGCCCAUGAUCCUGAUUUUACAAGAUCACAAGAUGUUGAUCAACUUCGUGAUAUAAAAGAGUGCCUGUGGUUUAUGCUUGAAGUCUUAAUGACAAAGAAUGAAAACAACAGCCAUGCCUUCAUGAAAAAGAUGGCAGAGAAUAUCAAGCUAACCAGAGACGCCCAGUCUCCAGAUGAGUCCAAGACAAAUGAAAAACUUUAUACAGUCUGUGAUGUCGCUCUGUGUGUUAUAAAUAGUAAAAGUGCUUCGUGCAAUGCAGACUCACCAAAGGACCCAGUCCUCCCAACGAAAUUCUUUACACAGCCUGAAAAGGACUUCUGUAAUGACAAAAGCUAUAUUUCAGAAGAGACAAGAGUUCUUCUGUUAACAGGAAAGCCAAAGCCGACUGGAGUACUAGGUACAGUAAACAAGCCUUUAUCAGCAACGGGAAGGAAGCCUUAUGUUAGAAGCACCGGCACAGAGACUGGAAGCAAUAUUAACACCAAUUCAGAGCUGAGUCCAUCAGCCGGAAGUCGUUCAAGGGAACAGAGUUCAGAAGCAUCAGAAACUGGAGUUAGUGAAAAUGAGGAGAAUCCUGUGAGAAUAAUUUCAGUCGCACCUGUAAAGAAUAUUGAUACGGUAAAGAAUAAGGAAAUGAAUUCUGAUCAGUCUACCCAAGGCAACAUCAGCAGUGACCGAGGAAAGAAAAGAAUUGUGACAGCAGCUGGUGCUGAGAAUAUCCAGCAAAAACCAGACGAGAAAGUAGAUGAGUCAGGACCUCCUGCCCCUUCCAAACCCCGGAGAGGACGUCGCCCCAAAUCUGAAUCUCAGGGCAAUGCAACCAAAAACGAUGAUCUAAAUAAACCCGUUAGUAAGGGAAGGAAGAGAGCUGCAGGCAGCCAAGAGAGUCUGGAGGCAGGUAAUGCCAAAGCGCCCAAGCUACAAGAUGGAGCCAAAAAGGCAGUUCCAGCCGAGAGACAAAUUGAUUUACAAAGGACACAGACUGGAUGGAGUCUAGCCAGUUCUUGACAUGACUCAUCUCAUAGGUAAAAGGAGAAAAUGAAGGCCAACAGAAGCAGAUCCCAGGCUCUGUAAGCACUCGGAUUCCAGUGUCCCCAAACAGAAAACGAAGCUCACUUCAAAUACACACUUUCUGCCUUGAAAACUGAAAGAAGCUAGCCUUCCUUUUUACACAGCCACAGUCCUCUGGUGAAAUGUACAGCAGAGACUCUAGAGAGGCUCAGAGCAUCUCUGUUAUCCCCUCCCCUAGACUUUUCCUGUGAAAAGUCAAUAAUUAAGCAAAUUGCUUAACACUUGGUUCCAGGUCCUGCAUAUCUGGAACUUAAAGGCAUAAUAACCAUUUUUUCCAUGCUGCAGAUUUCAUUUAAGAGAGGAACAGGGUGUCCUGACACUGAUGCUGAGAACUAAUCCAGCCUAGAGCCAAGAACCCCACGCCACACAGGAGAGCGAGCAGGUGUCUACUGAACCGAGGCUUUACGAGAGGGAGCAGAUGACGUAUUUCUUUGUUUUCCUUUUGGAAACUUAUGUAUUAUUCUUUCUGCCUGUCUACUUUUCUGCAAAAGAUGAGAUGUACAGAUUUCUGUUCCCUGCUAUGAAAAGUAAUGUGGCAAUUUUAUAAAUGUUGCUUUCUGAUUUUUAUCAGAAUGAGAAAAUAAUUAAAAUUAUUGAUCUGCAAGUAGUAAACACUUCAUAUUAUUUCUCCCAUUUUAGUUUAAUAUAAUUUGCAAUAAAUGUACAUAUUGUUUCAUAAGGCAUAUCACUUUAAAAUGGUUUUUACUCCUAGGAUUAUGGUGGAAUAAUUGGGGUUUUCAGGGAGUAAAGACUGUCCAGGAUUUGGUUUUAUAAUUUUUGUCACCAGAUUUUUAUUAUUAAUGUAAAAAAAGGUUGGUUUUGUUUUUAAGGUUUGUUUUGGUUUUUUUUUUUUUUUUUUUUUUUUAGAAAUUUAAGUAGAUGGACACUGGCAGCUUUGUGAGGACAGAGAUGUGCAGAGUUGCUCUCAACUUCUGGCACCAUGCUGUUGGAAAUAGGCAUUUUAUUUUUGUCUGAUAAUUGGGGCUCAGUUUUUAUUUUUAUUUUACAGACAACUGUUACAUCAACAUUGUAUUCCUUGGCAUUCAUUGUUCAGCAUAGAUAAUGUGUACACUAUUUCUGUGCACAUAAUCCUAUUUAAUUUUUGCAUAAAAUAAAUGCUUUUAGAUGUCUUAUGGAAGUCUUAUCUCUUUAUCAUACUUCAAUUUCUUAGAAAUUUUUAUGUGAAAGGGCUAAUGUCACAGAAGGGCAUGACCACAGCCGACUCUCCCUUACCUAUGUAAAACAGUGACCGUGCCUCAGGUGCUCCAUUUGUAGUGACUAUAGACAUAGGAUUAAUGAGGCAUGUGCAAGAAUGAGGAGACGAUUGAAAUUAACUUUUCUCUUAUCUUCCUCAGGUUUUUUGCCUGUCUCCACUUGGCUUGUCCCCAAAAUUUUAGUGGGAUGUGCUGCUCUGUUUGCAUUGUGGUCUUGAUGGGGUGUGUAAAAUCACUGAAGUAUCAAAAUUCUCCAGAAUGAAAUUCACUGGUAGUAUAUGUCAAUUAAGUUCUUAUAGGUAAUUGAGAGUUGGCUAUAAAUUGGGUGAAAGGUGGGCUUCUUUAAGUAAUUGACAUGUCCGUAUUUAGGUGUCAGAAGAUGGCUAGUGAACAGUGAAUACCAAUGAUAGAAACUAUCUCUUGAAAGGGCAUUAAAGCCCUGCUCUUCCUGUUGCCUCCAAUCUGCUGACAGAGCAUCUAUGCAGAAGUCAGGUCCCUCAUUCAAUCAGUGCUAUAUUCUAUUUACAAGUUUGACUUAGGGCCACCAGUGUGUUACCACCAAAACUUUACUGCUGGAAUCCAGUGAACUCUAUGUUGAGCAGUUAGUCACAAAGUGUAAGGAAGAAGGUUCCUAGGUAUUGGAUAUUCAUCGAAAUUCAGUAGAACCAUUCACAACCAGUACAACUCUUUGGAGUUUUGCAUUGAAACAGUUACUAUCAGGGUCUGUUCCUCAUGGGUGCAUGGUCUCUGGCACUAAAGAGAGGAAAGAGUAAACUGGUUGGGGAUUGAGCAAAUUAGAGAGGGACUUGUUUACUGGAAAUAUGUCAGGUUUUCUUUGAAAAAGAAAAUGUAAAAAUCUCUUAGGAAUUUGGUAUUUACAUCUCAGAGAAAUACAACACAAAAGUGCAGACUUAUAUUUGAGAAUUAAUGUUAACCCUUUGUGUCUAGUUUGAAGCUUCUUGUAUUUGUCUAAAACUACAAGCCAGAAUUUUGUAUCUCCUUUGAUAAAAAGUGUGUAUAAUGUAAAGUAGUUUUGCAUAUUCUUGUGCUGCACAUGGGCUGGAUUUUUAGAAUUUUUUUAAAGACUUUAAGCCGAACCUUGUAAUUUGUGUAAAUGACAAGUGUAAAAUCCUUCCAUAAAAUGCUUAAAAAUAUGCACUGUUUCAAAUAAAACCAAGAAAUGCA